AGUGCAUUAUAGAACAGUUUAAAGAUUUUACAUACUCUGCUCUCACAAUGGCAGAACUUAAUAUACGCAGAAUUAGUGCAGAAUUGCAGAAAAUCGCCAACGAGCAGCUGAAUGAGGUGCCCGCACAUAUUGGCGACGAUAUUGCAGCGCUACGCACCUGGAUCAAGCAGCAGCCACAUUUGCGCGCGCGUGACGAUGAUCAAUUUUUGCUCUCUUUUCUGCGUGGCUGCAAAUUCAGUUUGGAAAAGGCGAAGGGUAAAAUUGAUAAAUACUAUACGUUGCGCACCAAAUAUCCGGAUUUCUUCGGCGCCUACGAUGCUGAUGACGCAAUGGUUCGUACAAUUAUUAAUGCUGGCAUAAUAUUGUUGUUGCCUAAACCAUUGCACGAGCAUGGCGCACGCAUUAUACUCAUACGUCAGGGUGCACUGCCAGCCGACAAAUACACGAUUGAACAUUUCAUACGCGCCGCAAGUCAUUUGCAAGAAAUCAUAAUACGCGAGGAUGACCACGCCAUUAUAUCGGGUAUGAUAUCGAUUGUUGAUAUAGAAGAUUGUACGACUGGACAUGUUAUGCAGAUGACGCCAAGCAAUAUGAAGAAAAUGUCCGUACACGCCGAGGAGGCGGUGCCUUUACGACCGCAGCAACAGCAUUUCAUACAUAUACCCAGUGGCUUUGAAACCGUUUUCAAUGCAAUGCGUCCCUUCAUGAGCAAAAAACAACAGAAUAGAAUUUCAGUGCAUGCCGAAAAGUUGGAUAGAUUUUACGAACAUGUGCCACUGUCUUAUCUACCCGUGGAAUAUGGCGGCAAUAAUGGCACGAUAGCAGAGAUUAUCAACUACACGAAUAAACAGUUGGAUGACUAUCGCGCAUAUUUUAAGGAAAAUAAGAAUUACGGCACUGAUGAAAGCUUGCGCUCGGGCAAACCCAUCGAUUUUGAAAGUUUGUUCGGUGUGGAGGGUUCGUUCAGAAAACUUGAGUUGUCGCAAAAAGCGCACAACAGUAUCCUACAAUCAACGGACAUAAUUGACACAACACUAACCACUGGCAUAUCUUCAAUAAUGGCACCACCAAAUAUACGUCCGUUACCAGAACACCUACAAGAGGUGGCUAUCAAAGAGUUGAAUGAGAGGCCUGAGCGGUUGGCAGAAGAUCUGGAGGCGUUAAAGGAUUGGGCUAUAAAGCAGCCACAUUUAAAUGUGCGACUCGAUGAUCAAUUGCUGGUGGCAUUUCUACGCGGCUGCAAGUUCAGUUUAGAGAAGGCAAAGUCGAAAUUGGAUUGGUACUAUACAUUAAAAACUAAAUAUCCGGAUUACUACACAUUACAAGAUCCGGAUGUGCCGCAUAUACAAGAUCUUGUAAAAUAUGGCGUGGGAUUAGCAUUGCCUAUACCAUUAAAUGAGACUGGACCACGCAUUGUAUUCAGCCGUUUUGGUAUUUAUCCGAUUGACAAAUAUAAACUUAAAGACUUAUUGGCUACCGCAUUUGCAAACUUUGAGCUAGAAAUACGCUUAGAUGACACUGCAGUGGUGAAUGGUUUUCUUAAUCUGAUCGACGUUGGCAAGAAAAUGGUAGCCUUUCUCGCGAAUGCCGCUCCAAUCCGUCUAAACGCAACACAUUUCAUUAAUGUACCAGCGAGUUUCGAAAAGCUCUACAAUAUGAUAAAGCCUACGUUGACAGAAAAACAGCGGAAUCGCAUUUUUCUGCAUGGCAACAAUUUGGAAACAAUCUAUGCUCUUAUACCACAAAAAUAUCUGCCCAAAGAUUUUGGUGGUGAAAAUGGUUGCAUCGAUGAACUAGAGAAGUCCACAUUCCAACUAUUUCUUGAUCACCGUGAUUAUUUCAAAGAGGAUGUCAAAUAUCGUAAUAAUGAGGAGCUACGUGUUGGUCAGCAACCGGACUAUGAAAGUUUAUUUGUAAUUGACACAACACUAACCACUGGCAUAUCUUCAAUAAUGGCACCACCAAAUAUACGUCCGUUACCAGAACACCUACAAGAGGUGGCUAUCAAAGAGUUGAAUGAGAGGCCUGAGCGGUUGGCAGAAGAUCUGGAGGCCUUAAAGGAUUGGGCCAUAAAGGAGCCACAUUUAAAUGUGCGACUCGAUGAUCAAUUGCUGGUGGCAUUUCUACGCGGCUGCAAAUUCAGUUUAGAGAAGGCAAAGUCGAAAUUGGAUUGGUUCUAUACAUUAAAAACUAAAUAUCCGGAAUACUAUACAAUACAAAAUCCAGAUGUGCCGCAUUUACAAGAUCUUGUAAAAUAUGGUGCGGGAUUAAUAUUGCCCAUACCACUAAAUGAGACUGGACCACGCAUUGUAUUCGGCCGUUUUGGUAUUUAUCCAGUUGACAAAUAUAAACUCAAAGAUAUAACGCCCAUAACGUAUGCACAACAGGAGCUAGUUAUGCGCGGUGAUGACACUAUAGUGGUGAAUGGUUUUAUUAAUCUGAUAGACGUUGCCCAACUAGACGCUGCACAUUUUGUACAAUAUACACCGCCUAUUGUAAAGAGCGUCAUAGAUUUUGCCGAGAAAGCCUUACCAUUGCGUCAAAGCUCAGCACAUUUCUUUAAUGUACCAGCGGGUUUCGAGAAACCCUACAAUAUGAUAAAGCCGAUGAUUUCAUCCAAACAGAGGGAACGCGUUUUUCUGCAUAGCAACAAUUUGGAGACACUCUAUGCUCAUAUACCACAAAAAUAUAUGCCCAAACAAUAUGGUGGUGAAAAUGGUUGUCUUGUUGAACUAGAGAAGUCUACAUUCCAACAAUUUCUUGAUCACCGUGAUUAUUUCAAAGAGGAUCUCAAGUAUCGAAAUAAUGAGCAUCUACGUCUUGGCAAGCAACCGGAUUAUGAAAGUUUAUUUGGAAUGGAAGGUUCAUUUCGUGAAAAGGCCAAUAAGAUUGAUGAAAAUGUUGAGUUGCGACCUCUUCAAAACGUAUCGCCAUUAAACCACAAAAUUUCACUAUCUCAUUCGUAUUGGAGCUGUUUAAAUGUUAUACUGACAAUACUCGUAGAACUCAGAAGCAUUUUAACGUAUAGACAACAAAAAAGUAUCAUAAAUAUUUGGAAUAUGUCUGAAAGGUCACUAGAUAUACGCCCGCUAACACCAGCGUUGCAGCAGAAGGCGUUAAAUGAGUUGAAUGAGAAGGCCGAAAAUCUAGCGGCGGAUAUCGCAGCGCUCCGAGCUUGGUUGCUCAAACAGCCACACUUGAAGACGCGUCAAAGUGAUCAAUUUCUAGUCAACUUUCUGCGCGGCUGCAAAUUUAGUUUGGAGAAGGCGAAACGCAAACUGGAUCAGUACUACACACUGCGUGCAACAUUGCCAGAACUGAAUCAACACAAUUUCGUCGAUGAUCAACGUAUGCGCGCCAUUAUACGUUUGGGUGUUACGCUCUACUUACCGCUGCCGUUAAUGGAGGACGGUCCAUGCAUAAUGCUAAUACGUCCCGGUAAAUGCAAUCCACACGAAUUCAAUCUAACGGAUUUAUUGCGCGUAAGCUUCCUGCUACAGGAUAUUAGUCUUAUCAGUAAUGACAAUAUGAUUAUUGGUGGUUUCAUGCAAAUCGGCGAUUUUGAGGAUUUCAGCAUGGCGCAUUUGUUACAGUUGAGUCCAGCACUAAUGAAACGUUUCGGCUUCUACGUCGAAGAGGGUAUGCCGAUGCGCAUAAAAAAUUCACAUUUCUUUAAUACAGGUGUGAUCUUUGAGAAGUUGUUUGCCACAAUCAAGUUAGUGCUGCCAGCAAAGAUGAUCGAAAGGGUUCAAGUGCACGGCACAUUCGAGUCCCUUUGCGAAGCUGUGCCCAUCAAGUAUCUACCAAAGGAUUAUGGUGGUGAAAAUGGUAGCAUUGAGGAAGUUGCGGCAAAAACUGAGCAGUUAGUCUUAGACUACCGUGAAUAUUUACUGGAUGAACAGAACUAUGGUGUUGAUGAAAAGUUACGCAUUGACGAUGACUCUAAUUUGGGGGCGGUAUUCGGUAUUGAUGGCUCGUUUAGAAAGCUAAAUGUGGAUUAAAUAAAA